AUGAUACUACCACUACACGCACUGUUCCUAAUUCCACUAGCCAACGCAUGGACCUUCAGCUAUACCAAUUCAACCGAUGCUACUGAAAUAGCCCGCGGCAACGAGGCACAGAACUGCACAAAUUCCCCCAUCGGCAAAGAAAAGCCCUUUUCCUGGGACCCUGAGGGAUCAGAUCUAUGUGUCUCGAUAUACCGCGACACCAAGUGUGCUUCUAGGGCGGGAUACUCGUGCGGAGUAUGGAGGAAGAAUGCUAGUGAAUCCUUUGCAGCUUUUGAUGUCCUGCUUGAAAGGGAGAUUGAUGCCAAACACCAAACUACUACGCUGACUUUGGAGUCUACCUCUACAUCGGCCACGACAUCUACGUCUACAUCUACAUCUACGUCCAAGUCCUCAUCUUCAUCCGUGUCCUCGACAUCCGCAUCCGCAACCACAACCCCCACCGAGUCCGCAGUCUCUGCAGGCAAUGUCAACAGCGGCUCCUCUAGUCCAUCACUAUCCGGCGGCGCUAUUGCGGGUGUUGUCAUUGGCGUCGUAGCUGCUGUCGCCAUUAUCAUCGCCUUCGUUGUCAUCUUCAUGAGAAAGAGGAACAAACAGAAUGCAGCGGUUGCUAACCAGCAUGGUGGGUACGGGCCCCAUGAAGCGGAUGCUACUGGAUCAUCCAUCAGCGGUUCUACGGCCGUUGCAGAGAAGGGAGCAGACCCUGGUGCCCGACCAUUCAGACCUCCGCCUGGAUCCCAUGUUGUUGAGUUGCCUGGUGAUGAAGGGAGUGCCGAGCUGGGCAGCAGUCCAAUUAGUGAGAUGGAUGGGAACAGCACCAAACGUGAUUUUCAUCGGUCCUGA